GGUUACCGGGGCCGUGGUAUUAUGGUAUGUCGACAUGGCAGCCUACAGUGGAGGCAUGUAAGUGAACAGAGGCUUGUUGAUGGACACUGUCCGGCUCUGAUGCGGAUCUAAUGGACCCGCGGACGCGUUCGGACAUUUCGCCGGAUUUCCGGGAGUCUGUCGUCGACAUUGUGUGUAUAAACGUGUACAUGUGUUGUCGUUAAGCAGUUAUUCCGGUCUGUCGGGUUCACGUGGACACGAUUAAGCCAACACCACCCCGCUCAUCAUAACCACUUCCGCCAUCAUGCCCGGUGAGGAUAAACCACCAACGCCUCAGACCCGCCAGAGGAAAAAGAACAAAAAGUCCCGCUCCAAGGGGAAGAGUCCGAACGCCCCCCUGGGCGGCGCCGUAGACGGCCAAGAUGACCUCUUCUUGUCCCCGGUGGCGUUCCAGCCUCCUGGAAAGCCGAUGGUGGAGAAGCCGAAAGUGUCCUUCGCCAAAGUGGAGGAGGAGUCGUCCAUUGCUAUCUGUCUUCAGGUGCUCUUCCCCUACCUGCUGGCCGGCAUGGGCAUGGUGAUGGCCGGCAUGGUGCUGGACGACGUACAGCACUGGAAGGUGUUUAAGGUGAUAACAGAGGUGUUCAUCCUGGUGCCUGCGCUGGUUGGACUCAAAGGAAACCUGGAGAUGACCCUGGCUGCUCGCCUCUCCACCGCGGCCAACACAGGACAAAUGGACGACCCCAGUAAACAGUGGACCAUGGUGUGCAGCAAUCUGGCACUGAUACAGGUCCAGGCGACAGUGGUGGGUUUCCUCGCGGCCGUGGCAGCCGUGUGUCUGGGGUCGUUUUCCAGGGGGGGGGUCGAUCUGGACCAGGCCGCUGUCCUCUGUGCCAGCAGCAUCACCACGGCCUUCUUCGCUGCCCUUUCCUUGGGCCUGGUGAUGAUCGGAGUGAUCAUCGGCUCCAGGAAGGUGGGCAUCAACCCGGACAACGUGGCCACGCCCAUCGCUGCCAGCCUGGGCGAUUUGAUCACCCUGUCCCUGCUGGCCGGGGUCAGCAGCACACUCUAUGAAUAUAUCGAUGUAUGGUACCUGUCCCCCCUGGUGUGCCUGGGCUUCCUGGCUCUGAUCCCGCUGUGGGUGGCAGUGGCCCGACGGAGCCCUCAGAUCCGGGAGGUUCUCCGCUCGGGGUGGCAGCCUGUUAUAGUCGCCAUGUCCAUCAGCAGUUUCGGAGGCCUCAUUCUGGACAGGACGGUGAGCGACCCCAACUUCAAGGGCAUGGCUGUCUUCACGCCCGUCAUCAACGGAGUGGGCGGUAACCUGGUGGCCAUCCAGGCCAGUCGCGUCUCAACCUACCUGCACUUCUGGAGCAUCCCGGGGGUGCUGCCCUACAAGAUGAGGCAGCACUGGCCCAAUCCCUGCAUCACCUUCUUCUCCUCAGGGCUGAACUCCAAGUCGGCGCGGGUGCUCCUGAUGCUGGUUGUCCCCGGUCACCUGGUCUUCCUCUACGCCAUCUCUCUGCUGCAGGGAGACGAGGCGCCCAUCACCGUGGCCUUCACCCUCUGCUACCUGUGUGCUGCUCUGCUUCAGGUGACCAUCCUCCUUUACUUUGCCGACCUCAUCAUCCGUAUGAUGUGGAGACGGAGACUGGACCCUGACAACUUCUCCAUCCCCUACCUGACCGCCCUGGGUGACCUGCUGGGCACCGGCUUUCUGGCCCUCUGCUUCCGCAGCGUCUCGCUGGUUCAGGGCCUGGGUCUCUGAAGGUCCCCCUUUAACUCCCCGAACUCUUAGCCGGACACUUUUCUCGUUGCACCCAUUUUGUUACAUCCACACGGAGAUGCUUUUGAUCGGACAAUAAAUUAUGUUCCAAAUCAAACCUCUACGAUGAGGCGACACCCACUCAUGUUACAGCCAUCCACCUGGGAGAAGGAACACACGCCCAGGCACCCGUUUAUUUGAGGGCAAAGAGACUUAAAGCAUGUAGAAGUUCUCAGUCCGUCAAUGAAUUGAACUUUUAUUUUGUAAUCAUUCCUCUUUAAAUGUGAGUUUGGUGUCUCGGUGCUCACCGCGUCACCUCUUCGGCUUCAUCGGAGGAAUAUUCAGCAGCUCCACGUCAGCGCGGGAAGACCAAACAGCUGGUCCGUUCUUGUUUCAAUGUGGUCCACGUUUGGCUGGGCUGCACAACAUUUAGUGAGUGAACAAGAUGUAAUGUGUCAAUUAGAGAGCUUUAGAGACAGAUUUGCAUCGUGGCAAAACGCUCUCCCACUCCUCAUGCUAAGCUAAGUUAGCUGGCCGCUGGCUGCGUUUUCUUAUACUUCAACGCGUACAACCGUUUCAUCCGGGUCAACGGCAGCGUGAAUAAGCACAUUUUGCCAAAUGUGGAACUUUUUCUUUUGAGGUUUGGAAUUGGAUCUGUUCAUGUACGAAUGACUUUGCAAUUCUCCGCCCCGUAUCCCUGUAACCAUUGACAGAUGUUUCAUCCCCUGCACUUCUUCCAAUUCAAUAGCAAUGCAAGUCACCACAUGAGAAAUGUGAUUUAAAAAAUAAUAAUAAUAACUUUGAUCCCUCUGAUACGCCACAUGUCUAACAUGUCAUCGAUAUAUAUAUAUAUAUAUAUAUAUAUUGCUUUUCUUUGCACACACAGACAGAGAAUGUAAUACUGUAAAUGUGGCACUUGGCAACAGUAAGCAGUAAAGUGAAAGAAAACGGGUUCAGAGUUCUCAGGCGUUAUAAAUGAAGUGCAGCCGCAAUGCGCUUUCAUUUUAGGUCCUGGUUCGGUCGUUGUUGUUGUUGUUUUCAUUAAAAUGACACAUUUGUCUGGCAAAGUAUGUUUCAUAUAAUUAAAAAUGGCCUGGAAGUCACAGACAGAUCAUAACUAAAUUGUGACCACAUGUUUAGUCAUUGUCCACUAAUAGUUAUGUUCAUAUUCUAUAAUCACACUAGAAAUGGUUCAAAGGCCCAAACCCUCGUGUUCCAGAGCACUGAGAAGCCCUGAAGCCCCUCUCACUAUUUCUAUAAGCAUCUCAAUAUUCCAUAUUUUGAGCGGCCACUCAAUGUAAACAUUUUUUAAAAAGCAGUGAAGGUAGACGAUUUUUGUGUUGUAGAUGUAUUAUUGUUUUACCCGACAGCUCACGUAGCCACAGAGAAUCCCUCACUACCAUUAAUGCAAGGUCCACGAAGCCUUACUGCUCAUUGUGAAA